AUGUCCUUGACUAGCACUGUGAUCGACCGCAAUCCCAUUACGGGAGACCAGAUGACCAGUAGUGACCAGGCUUCCGGGUGCCAGUCUCACCAGCUCAAUUUCUCUCUUCCUUUGACCUUCGGACCCAACCUGCCCUUCGGCGCCGAGGAGCAACAGACGUCUCAGUCAUCUAGCAGCUUGUACGUGGCCAUUGGGGCUGCCUUUGUAGGUCUCGUCAAGAUGUGUGGCUUCUCUAUGGCUCUUUCGGUCCCCUCUUUUGCGUUCACUCUCGCGUCCGAGAAAGAGCGGAAGGGAACAGCCCCUGAAGCCUGUUCAAAAGUCAAGACAAUAGAGCAGUCAAACAACGAACGGCCGCGGUAUGCAGAGUCGCGAAGCAGCCACAGCGAAGAUGCUUCCAAACCAGGCUGUAAAGCUCUCACUACCACUGGGCCUCCUGAGAUAGACGAAUAUCCGCCGAGGUCAAAAGUAUUCAUAAUCGUGGCGGCAAUGAUGGCCAGUGUCUUCCUCGUCGCAUUGGACCGUCUUAUUAUAGCAACGGCUAUACCUGUCAUCACCAACCACUUCAACUCCCUUUCAGACGUGGGAUGGUAUGCCUCGGCGUAUCUAUUGACGAUGUCUGGCUUCCAGCUCUUCAUCGGUCGGGUGUACACAUUCUACAACCCAAAGACUGUAUACAUCACCUGUCUCGGUAUAUUCGAGCUAGGGUCGCUCGUCUGCGGAGCUGCUCCAAACUCCGCAACGCUUAUUGUUGGAAGAGCUGUUGCCGGCCUCGGAAGUUCGGGCUUGUUCUCAGGCGCCAUUACAAUCAUCGUCUACCUCGUCCCAUUACAGAAGAGACCAGCAUACACGGGAAUGUUUGGCGCCAUAUUUGCAAUAGCUUCGGUCGCAGGACCGUUAUUGGGGGGUGUUUUUACGGACAAACUCUCAUGGAGAUGGUGCUUCUACAUUAAUUUACCCAUUGGAGGAGCAAUGGCGAUUGUCUUAUUCUUCAUUCUCAAGCUCCCAUCAGCCGCCACCGAGCGUAAAAAAAUAAUCUUGAAGGAACAACUUCACCAACUCGAUCCCAUCGGCACGGCGGUCUUUCUUCCUGCGAUUGUAUGCCUCCUUCUGGCCUUACAAUGGGGCGGCACAAGCUAUAACUGGUCCGAUGCCCGUAUCAUCAUCCUCCUCAUCCUUAGUGGUGUUCUCAUCCUCGUUUUCAUGUACCUGCAACACCUCUUCCAAGAACACGCCACGGUACCUCCCCGGAUCCUAAAGCACCGCGCUGUCAGUGCCGGGGUCUGCUACGCCUUCUUCGCAGGUGGCGGCAUGAUGGCACUAGUGUACUUCCUGCCUAUCUGGUUCCAAGCAAUCAAGGGCGCCUCGGCUGUGCGUUCAGGAAUCAUGAAUCUCCCCGCAGUCCUUGGAAUUACGGUCUCCAGCAUGGCAGCAGGCAUCCUCACACGCAAGCUCGGGUACUUUACGCAGUGGAUGUACGCCUCCUGCGUACUAUCCUCAAUCGGUGCAGGGUUAAUAUCCACAUUCACGACGACUACGGCCCACCCGAAAUGGAUCGGAUACCAAGUCCUAUGGGGCCUGGGGCUGGGACUAGGGGUACAGCAGCCAUCGGUCGGCGCACAGACGUCCCUGCCGCGGAAGGACGUCGCCACCGGAGCAAGUAUUGUGUUCUUCGCUCAAGCUCUGGGCGGCUCGAUUUUCGUUUCCGUGGCGAACAAUAUCUUCGACAACACCCUGUCGCAAGACUUGAAGAAGAUCCCGGGCAUUGACGCAAGGGUCGUCACGCACGUGGGCGCGACUAAUUUACGCAGUAUUGUGCCACCGAACCUGCUAGUGCCGGUGCUCAUGGCAUACAACGACGCCUUACGAAGUGCAUUCUACGUCGUCGUGGCCGUUACUUGCGCCACCGUGUUUGGGACGCUCACCAUGCCGUGGAGCAACUUGAAGAGAGUUGCCGCCGCGCAAGAAGCAGCCGCAAAGGCAGCCAAAAAAAAGGCUGCCUCCAGGGCCUCCGAUAGCGAGCUACGAUUAUCCGAGGGAGCUGACUCGGUAGCGCAGCAUCCCGCAGAGCGGCAGCAAGGGACUGAAAAGACGGUCGUGGAGGUAUAG